GUCACGCGACGCGCGCCGCCGUGCAAGCAGUGCAGGUCGACCCGCUUCACCGUGGCAACGAGGUGGCCGACCGCUCUGCUAAAGAAGCCCCUGCGUACGCCAGUCUGGAUCCCGAGUUGCGUCGCAAGCACGAGAAAAGAGAGAGCGUUCUCUGUGAGUACGCUAUCUGGCUAG